UCGUUCCCAAACAAGAUCUUCUCUCCCAUCUACCACACUCGACCCGCCUAAGUUCAUUUCAAAUAUAUCCACAGAGGCACAGUAGCGAUUCAAAUUAGGAACACACACACACUCUCUCUCUCUCUUUCACACACACACACACACAAGCAGUUGCGAAGAUAUGCAGGCGAUAGAAGGAGAGGGGAGGUCGGAGAUGGAGUACACGGAGAUCGAGACCUCCGCGGACUCUCUUGACAGCUCUGUUAUAUUCCACGUGGUUACGGACAUCCUAGGGUUCGUCCUUUACAUGCACCAGCAAAUCCCUUCUAUUUUUCAGGACAUCUGUGUGGAAUUUGAUACACUGCGAACUGAAUAUAAAGAGUUGGAGAAAGAUCUUGCGCAAACUGAAGAAAAGGCAUCUCUAAGGAGAAAGCAUGCUGGGAGAAUGAGAGAUGUCAAACGGGAGAUUAGAAGACUGGAGAAAUUGAUGAAUACAGUUUCCAAUCUUCAGACUGCUCUGCAACUGAUGAUCAGUGAGAACCCCAAUAUCCAAGAAAUCAUUUUAGCCCUUGGAGCUACUCCAUUACGACCUCAACAUGUUUAUCAGGUUUGCUUUUCACACGGGAAGGUCGUCUCUAAAGGUGCCUGUGAUUUUACUAAAAGCAAAGCAGCAGAAGCUCUUUCAAGAAAGGCUAUUCGGACGAUGAUCUCAAAGGGUGCAGGAUCUGAUUCUUAUCCAGGUCCUACCAAGUUAUUUAUGCUGGUUAAAGCUCCCUCUUCUUUCAGUCUGCCUUUGCAUUUUCUUCCCAAGCGUGACUUCAAAUACAGCAAAAAGGUAGUGCCUUUCAGGUUACGAUUUAAGUGCAGAACCCAAAAUCAUGAAAUGGAUUCUUCACAUUAUGACUCUGAAGCUGCUAGCUCUACAAAAUUGGUGGAUUCUACUUCAAAUGAUCUGCUCUGGUUUCAAUGUCGACAUAUACUCAAAGGCCUAGCUUGCAAGACAUCGACAACAGAAGAGUGAGAAGGUUGGUCGUUCAAUAUUCUGACAUCCUCUCUAUUAUAUUGUUCGAUUCCUUGGAUUACAUUGCAGUUUAAUGACAUUGUCACUUCUCCGGCCUCAAGUUGGACGGAAGUUGCAGAACAGAACUAGACAUCUCCCCAAGUCAUGUAUGUAGUAGUAGUAAUCAUCCAUAGAUUUUUUAAAUUCAUAGGUUGGUGCAACUGAGAUACUUGUUUGAACAGUUCUCUAUUUCGUAGGCUGUUAUGGUUUCCCGUCAUGAUUCAAAUGUUGUAAAACAAUUUAGGUUCCUAUCAAAUUGUACCGUUCAGAAAUAAUUAAACCACCAAUGGCCUAUUGCUCCAUACUGAUAUGGGAAAAUUAUUCAAUUCGAGGAGGUCCGUGGCUCAUCCAAGAUACU